AUGGAUAAAGACAUCGGAGACAUUUCCAGUCUUCAUGAACAAGACUCGUUCGCUGUAGUCGAUGGUGGCCAGCACUCGAUUGAGGAGAAGCAACUGCUGAGGAAGAUCGAUCGCUGGUUAGUUCUCUGCUGGGCACAUUACCGGGGUAGCGUUUUCUACUUUGGUUAUCUGCUCUUCAGCUACCCAGCUUCAUUCCUUAUGGUCCGUCUGCCUUUGGGAAAAUACCUCAGUGCUACAUGCAUCGUGUGGGCGGUCUGUCUUUCCUGCCAUGCUGCGACUUCCAAUUUUGUCGGGUUGGUCGUUGUCCGAGCCUUCCUUGGCGCAGCUGAAGCCUCAAUUUCUCCCGGUUUCUCACUGAUGACGGGAAUGUGGUACAAGCGAAGUGAGCAGCCAUUCAGGCAUGGAUUGUGGUUCUGUGGCAACAGCUUGGCCGUUAUGUUCGGCAGCCUGCUUGCAUACGCGAUCGCCCACAUCAAGCACAGUUUGGGCCCAUGGAGGUGGCUCUUUAUAAUAUUUGGUGUCAUGACUUUGGCUUGGGCCGCAGUUCUUCUAUGGCUGCUGCCUGACACGCCAACCACCGCUCGAUUCCUCACUGAGAACGAGCGAGUUAGGGCUGUCGACCGAAUUCGAAGCAACCAAACUGGAAUGAAAGAUAAUCAAUUUAAGUGGAAGCAGGUUUGGGAGGCCAUGACCGAUAUCAAAGUUUGGCUAUUGGUGAUCUUUAUGCUGGCGACUUCCAUCCCUAACGGUGCAUUUACCACUUUUAGCAGUCUUGUGUUCGCUGGGAUGGGUUACGAUAGGUUGCAUGUGUAUCUAUUGCAAAUCCCCCUUGGCGCUGUUCACGGUAUCUUCGCCCUGGGCGCCACGUUUCUCUGCAGCAAGUUCAAAAAUUGCCGCUGCAUCGUCGCCGGGUCACUGUGCCUAGUCAGUCUAGUCGGCAGCAUUCUUGUACGCUAUGGGCCCAACCUAGGAAGUAAUCUGUUUGGCAUUUUCAUCUUUAUUGGAUACGUGGCGGGCAUCCCGUUGAGCUUGUCAAUGAUCAGCUCUAACGUGGCCGGAUUUACGAAGAAAGCUGUGGCAUCUGCCAUGAUGUUUAUUGCAUAUUCUACCGGGAACAUCAUCGGGCCGUUCUUAUUCUUCCCAUCUGAGGCCCCUCAUUAUCGUAGUGGCUUUUUAGCAACCACAGUUUGUUUCGCCUGUUCUUCGCUAAUGGUAGCCACACUUCGUGUGUUGCUUUCUCGUGAGAACCAGCGGCGCGAUCGUCUUCAAUCCGCAAAUAAUGGCAUUCCAAGGAUCGAAUCACCAGAUGACCUCGCCUUGACGAAUGAGACGGACAAGGAAAAUUUGAACUUCCGAUAUGUUCUCUGA